CAGGUCUUUGAUGUUUCUGUGCUGCGGCUCCGGUCGUGUUUUGGUCAGGACUCAGGAGGAGGCAGAAAGAUGACAGCCAGAAAGUCCGGGUCUCGAUUAGAGACUGAAAUAGAGCGCUGUCGAUCAGAGGGACAAUGGGACAAGAUCCCAGAACUCGUGCGCCAGCUGUCUGUCAAACUCAUCUCAAACGAUGAUCUCGGGGAGCUUCUGCUGGGGGAGGCCAAACUCCAGCAGUACCUCAAGGAAAACCCCAUCAAGCAGGGAGCCAGUCCCCGAGGGCCCCGGCCACGCCUCCAGGAGGUACGGAAACACUUGACGGCUGCACUUGAUCGGGGAAACUUAAAGCCUGAAUACAUGCAGGAGGCCAGUCUGAUCAUGGCUAAGCUUUGUUAUGUGGAGGCUGAUUACAGGGAAGCACUGAAUCUGUACAGUCGUGUGAAUCUGGAUGAGAUGCAGCUGGUAGGGGCUCCAGUGUACAGACUGUCCAUGAUCGCUGAGGCCUACGCCACCAAAGGUCUCUGUCUGGAGAAAGUGCCCAUGGCAUCCCCAUCACUGUCCAGUCGUAACGCAGAGCGAGACCAGGAGAUAAUCACUUGUUAUGAGAAGUCCGGAGACAUCGCCCUGCUCUAUCUUCAGGAGGUAGAAAAGGCUCUUAGUGUUGGCAUUCAGAACCGCAGUCCAAAGCCCGGUCCGGUCACACAGGAACAGGAACUUGGCUACUUCCUGGAGACAGGACUUCAGAGGGCUCAUGUUAUUCAUUUUAAAAAUGGUAACCUGACCCGUGGUGUCGGCCGCUUCCGAGAGAUUCUCCGAGCCGUUGAGACCAGAACCACUCAGAACCUGCGUAUGACUAUCGCCAGGCAGCUUGCAGAGAUCCUGCUGAGGGGCAUGUGUGAGCAGAGCUACUGGAACCCACUGGAAGACCCCCCUAACCACUCCCCCCUGGAUGACCCUCUCAGACCCACCCCUCACACUAAGGACUACGCUCUCAGCCGUCGCCCACGCACCUACUCAGGAGAAAAUUUGUUUUGUCCACAGGAGAACACAGAGGAGGCCUUACUCCUAUUGUUAAUCAGCGAGUCCAUGGCUAACAGAGACGCCGUGUUGAGUCGAAUCCCUGAACACAAUAACGACCGAAUAAUCAGCCUCCAGAGCGCCUCGUUGGUGUACGACCUGCUGACCAUCGCGCUCGGCCGACGCGGACAGUAUGAGAUGCUCUCAGAGUGUCUCGAAAGAGCCAUGAAGUUUGCCUUUGAGGAGUUUCAUCUCUGGUUCCAGCUCGCUCUUUCACUAAUGGCUGCUGGGAAGUCGGCUCGAGCAGUGAAGGUACUGAAGGAGUGUAUGAGACUAAAGCCAGAGGAUCCCACUAUUCCACUGCUGGCCGUCAAGCUGUGCAUUGGAAACCUGCACUGGCUGGAAGAGGGUGAGCGCUUUGCUAAAAUAGUGAUUGAUAUGGGUGAGAAGGCGGCUGAAUUCAGGGCCAAGGGCUACCUAGCAAUAGGUCUCGUCUACAGCCUGGGAGCCACAGAUGCAUCUCUUCGAGGAAUGCAAGAAGAGUAUCAGAAAAAAGCACUGAGUGCUUUCCAGAGGGCACAGAGUCUGUCCCCCACUGAUCACCUAGCUGUUUUCUACCUGGCGCUGCAGCUGGCUGUAUCUCGACAGAUUCCAGAGGCUCUCGGUUAUGUACGACAGGCGUUACAGCUGCAGGGCGAUGAUGUUCAUUCGCUGCACCUGCUGGCCCUGCUGCUGUCAGCUCAAAAACACUACCACGAUGCUCUCAACAUCAUCGAGAUGGCCCUCAGUGAAUAUCCCGAGAACUUCAUUCUGUUAUUCACAAAGGUGAAGUUGGAGACAUUGUGUCGAGGUCCAGAGGAGGCGUUACUUUCCUGUAAACGCAUGCUGCAGAUUUGGAAGUCCUGUUACAACCUUACCAACCCCAGGUAUAUACACACACACACACACACUCCACCUUCCUUUUUUUUAUAUUUUAUAUCACAUCCUUUUUACUUUCUAAUUUUUUUAUUCCUAGCCUCUCAUGCCUCUUCCUCCUUCUCGGGGUCAGAACCUGUAUCUCCUCUGUUUCCUCUUUCAUCCUUCUAUUCUUCACCUCCACCCAAGACUGAAUCCACCCAGAGGCGUGGCAGCCAUGCUUUCAGUGACCACGCCCCCCGCCGACGCUUCUCCUCCGCCAGCAACCUUCCAGAUGCUUUCUUUCAUGGUUUUGACUCCUUUAUUGGGGUUUGUUCUGUCCACGCAAACUCCAUAGCAGCGUCACGGGUGGAGCAGGCGCUCUCUGAGGCGGCCUCUUCCCUUCAGAGCAGUGCUCCGAAACAGGGACCCCUCCACCCUUGGAUGACCCUUGCCCAGAUCUGGUUGCAUGCAGCGGAGGUGUAUAUUGGAAUGGGAAAGGCGGCGGAGGCAACAGCGUGUACGCAGGAAGCAGCCAACCUGUUCCCCAUGUCCCAUAACGUGUUGUUUAUGAAGGGUCAGGUGGCGGAGCUGCGGGGGAAUGUGGACGAGGCCAAGCGCUGGUACGAGGAGGCGCUGUCCAUCAGCCCCACCCACGUCAAGACCAUGCAGAGACUGGGUCUGAUAUUGCAUCAGCUGCAAAGGUACAGUCUUGUGGAGAAGAUCUUGCGUGAUGCGGUGCAGGUGAACAGCACGGCCCAUGACGUGUGGAACAGUCUGGGAGAAGUGCUGCAAGCGCAGGGCAAUGACGCAGCCGCAACCGAAUGCUUCCUCACUGCCCUGGAGCUGGAGGCCAGCUGUCCCAUCUUACCUUUCACCAUCAUCCCCCGCACCCUCUGAGACACUCACCACCCUCAGAGUGCUCACCACCGACAAAACCUCUGUCCGUGAGUCAUGCAUUACCCACAGCCCUUAAACACACACACCGAAACUCUUCUUCUGUCCUGGAAUGGUUUUCCCGCCCCCUCCAAGCUUUUUAUCAGUUCUCAGAUGUGGAUCUGCUGAACUCUAAUCAACACGGUUAGCACUUUUCCACACUGCUUCACUCUCAUAGUUUUCCCCCUUCCUAUUCCUUCCUUCUUUCUGUGCUAGAAUUUCCACCGGCUUCUGUAUAGUAGUGGUGUCGCUCACCCUAAAACCCCGCCCCCUCCAGCACUCCCAUUGGUCAGUUUCAUACUACAGUACAGGUGGACCAA